AUGGGUAGAGAUUCGACUGCAAGCACUGCUACACUACCUCCACUGGACUACCUUCACGUCAGUCCAGUCAGAGGUCAACUGGAGCCUUCAGACGAGGUUACCAAAAAAACCGGCUGGCGUUUUCUCCAGUGCACGGACACCCCCAAUGAGCUCAAGGUGCUUUUACCUCCCCGUACAGCUCAGUUACAUCUGAAGCUCGCCAAGAAGCAUAAUGCAUCUUGGGAGCAUAGGAUGAUCAGAAAGUGCCAGAGGCUAGCUCAUUCUUACUCCGCCAGCAAGCCUCCUGCAAAGGUUCCCUUCUUACUCAAAGAGAUGGAGAAGUGGAUUCGCCUCCAUGGCGAGUCUGAUGAAUCUAUUAGGAAGAUGCCCGUGGGCGAGUCCAUUCGUCCACGCAACUCCUUCUGCUGCGAUCGUUGUGCAAAUCUGGUCCCUCAUCACCACACCAUAUCUCGCCGAUCAUCAAUCCAAUCCACUCACUCCCGUCGCUCAGCACUCUCUGAGCGUUCCCCAUCAAAAAUUCUCCCUGCAUCCCCCCGACGCGCUCGCUCCUCCAAGGCGAGUUCUGUCCAAAGCGAUCAAAAACCCUCUCCCGUCGCAAGCUCCAUCGUCCUGAAUGAAAGCCUUUCGCAUCACGAAAGCCGAUUGUAUGAAAACAGGGUCCACGAAAGUACCAUCCGCGAGGAAAGUAGGGAUGAUCAAGUCCACGCGACUUUCAAAGCACAUGAGAGUAGGUCUGAGGACAGUAGCAUUACCCAGGAGAGCAGGGUCCGAGAAAGCAGCAAUAUCCGCACGCGACAAAGCAAGCACUCCAGGAGUAUGUCAUACGACGAGCGGAGAUUUGCCGAAAGCGGUCUUCAUGAGAUCAAGCACACCAUGCAGGCCAUCCCCGAAGCAUCAGAAGUCAGUGCCGACUACAGCAAUCGCUCUGCGGUGUCAAUCAGCAAACUAUCGGUUAUUUCGCCUGACCCAUUGCCUCAUCCGUACCAUGGUUCGACUUCAGCGGUUUUCUUGGACAUUGUUGAGAGUCCCGUAGAUGCCCCCGAGGUACAGAGCUGUGAACCUGACUAUGGACACAGCGCGGAAGAUGAGGGAGUAUGGACGCCCCCUUCUGAAGACGAACCUACCAGUGACUUCCCUCCCCACCCGAAUACGCUUCGCAGACGCAGUAGCCUCAAACGCAACAACGCAGACCUGCGCGUGAGUAUGGCGUAUUCCGCAAAGACCAUUUCGAAGUAUCACGCUGCGGCGGGUGAAAUCGAACAUGCUGACCGAGAGUGGGACGCCAUUUGUGCGACAUAUCAUGAAGAGCUUGCUGGCGUGAGAGCGCUGCGUCGAAAUGUUACACAGACCCUGGCCAGAUUACGGUUGGAGGCAGAGAGGCUGCAACGCGAAGAUGAGGUGAUUCAAGAUCAAGAGGACAAGCUGCGUGCGGGAUAUGAGCAGCUCGAGCAGAAACACGGACAGUAUCGAGAAAAGGUUAAAGCUGUUCUAGAAGAGACCGAACAGGUUCUUACAUUGUGUACCACCAAACGAGAUUGUUGA